GCGGCGGCGGCAGGAGGCAGGAAGGCGGCGGAGCCGGCCAGGCCGGGCGAGAGGCUCCCAUGGCGGCAGCGAGAGGCGGCAUCGGCGGCCGGAGACCCACCUCGCGCCCACUCCCAGCGGCUUCCCCCGCCGCCGCCGCCCCGAGCUACGCUGCUUCAUGCAACUUCUUUAGACUCCCAGAAAUCUCCACUUGUGACAUGGAUAUAGUGAACUACUACAUUUUCUGAUCAAUUCAGUCCCUUGCUCUGAACUCUUCAGCAGUUUCAUUUUUGAACAGCAAACGGAGAAGCUGCUGCUCCAGCUGCGUGUGUGUGUGUUGUAGAAAGGAUGGUGUUUCUCUAGCUGCCACGCACAAAACAACACAUUUGACCAUGAGGACUCUUCGCAGGUUGAAGUUCAUGAGUUCGCCCAGCCUCAGUGACCUGGGCAAGAGAGAGCCGGCAUCCUUGGAUGAGCGGGGGACCCAGCAGCGACGGGCCUGCUCCAACGCCACCUGGAACAGUAUCCAUAAUGGAGUCAUAGCUGUGUUCCAGCGAAAAGGUCUUGCAGAACACGAGCUCUACAAUCUGAAUGAAGGAGUCAGGCAACUACUGAAAACUGAGUUGGGAUCAUUUUUUACUGAAUAUUUACAGAACCAGCUGCUUACAAAAGGCAUGGUGAUCCUGAGGGACAAGAUCCGGUUUUAUGAAGGACAGAAACUUCUGGAUACCUUGGCUGAAACGUGGGAUUUCUUUUUCAGUGAUGUUCUGCCCAUGCUUCAGGCUAUAUUCUAUCCUGUGCAGGGAAAGGAGCCCUCUGUCCGACAACUGUCUCUGCUGCACUUCAGGAAUAUUAUAACUCUCAAUAUUAAAUUGGAAGAUGCCUUGUCCCGUUCCCGAGCGAGGGUUCCUCCUUCCAUUAUUCAGAUGUUACUUAUCCUACAGGGUGUUCAUGAAUCAAAAGGGGUGACUGAAGACUAUUUGAAACUGGAAAACCUGUUGCAGAAGGUUGUUUCUCCUUACUUGGGCACCUAUGGCUUGUAUUCCAGCGAUGGGCCUAUCCCACACUCAUCCUGCAUUUUAGAAAAACGUUUCUUCCGGCGAUCCAAAUCGGGGGACAUCCUGACCAAGAACCCUGUGGUGAGAUCCAAAAGUUACAACAAUCCUUUGCUGACUCCAGUAGCUGAGUACGAAACGGAGGGCGUGGCCCCCAAUGGCACUGGCAUCCGAAGGCACUCGGUUUCCGAAAUGACUUCCUGCACAGAGAUGCAGGGCUACUCCAACCUCACAACCAUCACAGACAAUGGUUCCAAGACCUCCAUGAUCACCAUGAAGAAUUCGCAGUCAGGAGAGUCAGAGAGGCUUUCUGCCAGCUCAGCGCAGUGCCCCAGCAACCUCAAUGCACCUGAGCAACAGAAGGGAUUCUUUUACGCAAGAGAUGACCAAAAGAGAGCAUUUGAGCUGGCCAGGGACUCGGACUUGAUUGCCAUAGCCCCUACAGCCAGCCCUGAAAAUAUAGUGGACCAAAUUUUGGAGUCUAUUGAGUCAGAUUCUGAUGGGAUUUUCAUUGAUUUCAGCCAGAGCUGCUCAAGUUCAUCAGGGUACAAUGUGGAUGUGAGCAGGCAGAGCCUUGUCUGAAGCACUCUUGAUAAGAAUCCUAGUUUGUGCUUAGGAACACAGGAUAACUGAAGGGUGCGAGGGGGUCAUAUGAAAUUCUUGAGCAGCUAGAAAUUCAGAUAAAGAGAAUGCCCCUCAGACCAGAAUGACAUAGGAGGGACACGUGGGGGGGGGGGAGAUGGAUCAUCGUGGUUUAGAUAAUGGUAAUACCACUGAACCUCAGUUGUGGGAAAGUGUCUCUGUCUAUUCCGCAGACUUCAGUGGAGCUUGGGCAGGUUGCACCAGCUGCCGGUCAAACCCGUGAAAGCAACACCAUUCCGUCAGAGGCCAGCCUGGGGCAAAGGUGCUACAUGGGGGGCAGGCAAGGGAGCACGAACCUGGGGUCUCCAGUCUGCCUCUGCCCUGUUAUACUGCUGCUGCCCUGGAUCAAGACACCAGAGGAAAACCUACAGUGAAGGACCUGGUGGAAUAGUGGGCUGGGUAGCUGUGUCCAUGUGCUAUAGUGCACACAAAACUAGUAUUCUCUCAUUCUCUGGACUGGACUUGUGGCACACUUUCCUUAAAGGAAUCCUGCCCCCUUCCCAUUCUUCCACCACUUCGGCCUGGCGUGUGUACAUUGCCUCCCUGCCAUCCAAAGCCCCUUCCGCAUGGUUGUGUUCCACAGUGCAGCAAUAGCAUCAGUAAAAAGUAAAAGAUUGCAGGUGCGAUUACUGGUCUGGAAAGUAAUUAUGCCAUUCCUCUAGCCUAUGUGAUUCCUAUUGAUGGAGGUUAUCAAUGUGGUUUGGGGUCUAAGUAGAUGGAAGUGGUCCUUGCAACAAACGGGAAGCAUAUGAAUUGGGCUGGAGGAUUUGAGUGCAUGAGAAUCUCCACGUUUUCCAAUUUUAUGCUUUCACAUAAAGCUGUAGGAAGAAGUUUCAGAAGAAACAGGGUAUUUGAGGUGUGGGAGAAUUCCAUGCCAGCAUUGCAAAGGGGAGAAGACGCAUCCUCGGUGGCUGCCCCGUCUGUGGCGCAAACAAGCAGCAAAGCAGUGUGGACCAAACACCGUGAAUCUGAUGCCCUGGAAAAGCAAACCCGGGGCAGGUUUAUGGGCUCAUGUGCACCACUUGGCUUAUUGCUGGAUUACUCACACCUCAUAGUGCCUAGCUGACAACCCUUUGGAAACCUGUGCCAAAUUAGUGACAAUUAACUUAAGCCUCAUUCGUUUUAAUUGGAUUGGGGCCAUUAAAUCUGAAGUAAAGUGA